GAGGAGCAAUUUUUGCUGCUGGUGGAGCCCGGAGAAGCAGAAGAAGUGGAAGCAGCAGCAGCAGCAGCAGCAGCAGCAGAAGCCGGCAGCAGCAGCAAAGGCUCCCACUGCGGCAAACCCCAGGCGAUGCUCCUGGCCAUGGCGCUGCGGCCUUUGUACCCAAUAGAAGGCAGCGUUUGCUGCUUCUUAGCUGCUGUUGCUGCUGCUGCUGCGCUGCACUUGGGGUGUAUAGACAGCGAAGAACACAACGACUGGGUCCUUUCCAUCCGAGCCGUCAACGUCUCCUCCUUCCCUUUUGUCGAAGACGACGCCGACGCUGGUCUGCUGCCGCUGCUGAGGACCGGCUGCCUGGCGCAGUCGCUGCAGCUGAGCUGCGACCUUUUCGUAAGACAGCAGCAGCAGCAGCAGCAAAAAGGCCCUUGGCGGCAGCAGCUGCAGCAGCUGCAAAACAAACUCAGAGUCAGCUGCGGCAUUGAGUGCCACGCCAUGCAGCACCACUUCUCAGGACUCUCUGCACGGCAGCAGCAAACGGUUUUCAACUACCUCAGGCAGACCCUCGCGCUGCCUGACAGACUCUGCAUUAACUGGAUUAGACACACUGAUGACGCAAAGCACCGGGGGAGCUUUUCUUCAGUGCCGAGCACCGACGCCGCCUGGCUGCUUGCUGCUGUCCUCUCUAAAUGGCGCAAUGAGGAGGACCCGCUCUUGGCCGCUCGCCGCAACGCCGUGGACGCCCUGCAGCUUCUCAAAAGCCUCACCACGGCGUCCAUCACAGAGAAGGCAGCAGCGCUGCAGCAGCUGCAAGAGGGGCAGCGGCUGCUGAAGUGGCAGCUGGCGCAAAUAUUCAUGCAGAUGGACUUGCUGCGCAGCAGCACUUCUCAGAACUUGCUGCUGCUCACAGUUCGGCACUGUCCGCCGUUUGCUGCUUGUUCUUUUUAUUUGCGGCUGCUGUGCGUUUUAGCUGCGCAGCAGCAGCAGCAGCAGCAGCAGCAGCUGCGGGGGGGGGCCCCCGAGCUGCUGCCCUGCGUGCUGCUGUGCCUCACAGAGGGGGGCCCCCCGGGGGGCCCCCCGGGGGGCCCCCCGGGGGGCCCCCGGGGGGCCCCUGGGGGCCCCCAGGGGGGCCCCCAGCAGCAAGCUUUCAUAUACUGCUGCAAACUAAAAGCCAGCAGCUACAGUCCGGACCUUUUUCCCGAAGUGCUGCUUGCUGUGGAGCGCCUCAGCAGCAGCAGCAGCAGCAGCAGCAGCAGCAGCAGCAGCAGCAGCAGCAGCAGCAGCAGCAGCAAAGUGGUGCAGCGGGACCCCCAAGAUCUCAAUUUGCUGCGGCUCGCAGUGCCCCGCCAGGGCCCCGAUGUGCAGCGGCUAAUUGCUGCUCUUUAUUUGGAAGCAGCAAGGAAGCAGCAAGAUGCAGCAGGAGAUGAAGACUUGCUGGAGGAGCUGCUGCCUUCUGCUGCUGCUGCUGCUGCUGCUGCAGCAGAAGAGGAGGAGGAGGAGGACGAGGAGCAGCAGCAGCACGAGCAGGACUCUGAUGAAGAAGCAGCAGCAGCAGCAACGGAGGAGGAAGAGGAGGAGGAGCAGCAGCAGCAGCACGAGGAGGACACAGAUCAAGAAGCAGCAGCAGAAGAAGCAGCAGCAGAAGCAGCAGCAGAAGCAGCAGCAGCAGCAGACUCAGACACAGACAGCGACGCGGCAGCAAAUGCUUAA